AUGGCUGCUUUUUCUGUGCAAAGUCUCUUUGCAGCCCUCAUUCCCCAAGUUGAAAAGGAGGGUCAUAAAGCUCUGCUUUUAUCUGGAGCCUCACCCCCUCUUUUUCUAACCUUUGUCUCUGCAGAGGUGGGCUCCAGUCGCCGGCUGCGGGAUUGCGGAGUCUGCCGCGGCCUCGGCUCUCGCCCGGCGCCCGGCCUGGGCCCACCGCCGCUCACUCGGUCCGCACAGCCGCCACUCCGGAGCUGGUGGGGAGCCCGGCGAGGGAGGGCCUGGAAGGGGCCUUGGGCGCCAAGCCCCCCGCCGGCGCGGACACCGCCUGCCAGGAGCAGCCGGCCUGCUCGAGGUGACUGCAGCCGCGCAAUUCCGGCACGGCUUCUUCACCAACAUGAGCCGGUAUCUGCCUCCGAGAGCGCGCGCAGCCGGGCAGCGCCUAGUGGAUUACAGCAGACGCCCGGACCGACCGCCGCCUGCAGCUCGGCACCCUUCGGAGCAGGGAGCCGGUAGCAUGUACUGACCUUGGUGACGACGGGUCAGGCCAUGAACUGGGCUUGAGAUCUCUGCGAGGACCAGGAGAAAGAGCGAAACUCGAAAUUAUAAACGUGGCCAAGCACGAGCGCUGAAAACAAAGCGUAUUUUCUCGUCGGAUGUUUCUACAAACAAGUACAUUUUGCCAGAGUUCUGUUUUCUGAACCAGAGAGGCAAGGGAAAUCGAACAAAGACAGUAUUUCACCCUGGGCUGGCAGGCAGCUGUUAGAGGUAUUUACGGCCUUGCCGCAGUGCGGCGGCCAGGCAGCCGGGCAGGGUAUACGGGGGCACCGGAAGCUGGGGAGAAGCCACCAAAAACUCAGAAUUCCAACUUAAAUUCAAUUUAGAGUCACGUUUUCGGAAAUGGCGUGAACAGAUGCCCUCUUUCUAGGGACUGGUCCUUUAGACUUGAUAGUUUUGCAGAAUGAGGGAGAAGUUGUGCCCUCUGAAUGUAGGGUGGUUUUCCCCGCCUUGAAGAACGACUCAAGGAAAGCGGUGCCCUGUAUGUGACAUUUCUGAUCCACAUAACAACCUUCAGAGUGUUCGUUGGCAACGAGGAGAUGCUGCUUGUUCAGCGGAAUAGGGCUUGCAAAUCAGAAAGGACAGUUGAAGCUUUUAAUACAGGUUUUACUGAAAAAGAAAAGUAUGUUUCCUGCUUCUUGAGAUGAGGUUCCCAAGCUCCUCUGCAUCCAGGCAUAGAAGCGGUGCGCGGUGCCUCAUCCGUACUGCGCGGUGCACGCCGGCCGCACAGCUCAGGGCCCCACAGUGCCCGCCACACACGCGCGCCAGGCGUCCAGCGCAUGUGCAGUUAAAUUGCCCGGCCCAAGGAUUCGAUCGGCAAAGCACGGGUUGGGGGGGAGGGGACGAGUGGACUCGAGCAGGAAGAUACACCCGAUCUUUCCAUUCUCCCUCCGUCAAGGCUUGCUACUCAUCUUGCCUUUAUCUCAGCCUUCCCUGUAUAGCUGAACAGUUCUACCUUUAGCUACAUUUCCAAUCAUUAUGACUUAUCACCUCACCCCAAUUUAAAUCUGCAUGCUAGACAUAGGCUGCAAAUACGAGACAGGGGCCAAAGGAAACACUCUUCCUUCCAGUAUAUAUAUAGCAUAUAUUUGCCCCUCGGGGAAGGGUAUAGCUUUUUUUUUCAGCCUCGUGCUACUGCUUUGGGAAAAGGCCUUUCCUCCUGGCGCCUGUUCAAACCGCCAAACUUCGGGCCAAUCCUUCAGCCCGACCAUUCCCGGAUCUUGUUAUGCCAGCACAGCACAUUCGAGGGCUCUGGGGGGCAGCAGCUUGGCGAAGAGUAGUCAAAUAAAUAAAUAAACAAACGGACAAAU